UCACCUUUGAGAGGCUGAGAAGGUCAAGUUCUUCUUCUGGUGAAGCUUUUGAGAUAGAAGAAGCCAAAAGAUGGAGCUUAGGGGGCUUGGGUUAUGGUUUGAGACAUGCAAACCCUACCUCGUUCUUACCUUAAAUGAGCUAUGCCUUGCAGUGUUCAUGAUUCUCAUCCAAUUCAUCCUCUCGAAAGGUGUCAAUGCCCUCGCCAUUGUCGUCUAUGAGCACAUUGUUGCCACCGUCGUCAUAUCAGUUCUUGCCUUCUUCCUUGAAAGACAGAAGAGGCCCCCACUCUCCGUCAAGAUACUAUGCUAUACCUUCUUGUUGGGAUUCCUACAGACGCUUUGCCAGUUGCUCUUGACAAUGGCACUACAAUUCAUUGGGUCAUCCUAUGAAAGCAUUGGUUUGAACUCGAAAACUGCGGUCAUCUUCGUUCUAGCGGUGGCUUUUGGGCAGGAGAAGUUUCAAUUUUGGAGCAGUAAUGGGCAGGCUAAGAUUUGGGGUGUGACUUCAUCUACUGCAGGAGUAUUGGUUACAGUGCUUUGGACAGGACCCACCAUUCUCAAAUCAACAAAAUUUCCAAGUUUUCAAGUAGAUAGUGAUGAGGGUUAUGUUGGUGGUAUUAUGAUCAUCUUUGGGGUACUUGCAUCUUGCUUCUGGAACAUUUUAAUGGGCCAUGUUACGCGAGUGUAUCCAGCGGAUUUAUCAUUGACGGCAAUGAUGACCUUCUUCGGGACCAUCCAAAUAGCCAUAGUCACAGCAAUUGUGAUCCCACGUUCAUCCUGGGAACUUCAAUGGGAUGGAGGCUUAGUUCUUGUAGUCAUCCUCUUUGGGGGAAUUGGGAUAAUAGGACUCUCAUUCUAUGUGAUGACAUGGAGCAUACACAAAAGGGGUCCAGUCUUUACAUCAGCAUUUACACCACUCCUCAUUGUUUUCUCCUUCCUAUUGGAAACAAUUGUACUUGGUGACUCUGCACAUUUGGGGAGCAUUGUGGGAGCUUUUCUAGUAGUUGUGGGGCUGUACCUAAUAUUAUGGGCAAAAGCUGACGAUAUGAAGAAGAAGAAUGAGAUAACUGCUGAUGAUAUGUCCAUCCACUCACCCUUGAUUUAGCCAUAAUAAGGGAUCAGAAGCCUAUUAUAAUCAAUAAUUUUGUGAUAAGAGAAUUAGUAUAGAUCUCAUAGAUAAUAACAUAAGCAGAUAAGUCGUCUCCAAAGAAAAAAUAUUAUUGCGGGACAUAUACUAGUAUUAUGAGGCACACUGAUUUGAAAAUACAUUAAUAAAUGUGGCAUAUAUUCUAAUAUACGUUUGGGGAAAAGGUUGGGUAUGCCACCGAUAUCAAGUAUGCUAGCACCC